GGGGCAGGGGCAUGGCCGUGUGGCGGGGGAGGGUCGGGCGGCGGUGGCAGCUCGGGGCCUCUCUGCUGGCGGCAGCUGUGGUGGGUCCGGGGCGCUGAUAACCCCAAACCUCCGGCGGCGGUGGGCGGAAAGCACAGAUAAAAAUGGAAAAAACGCGGCCCUCCAGCCUGACAUUGCUGCCAAAGGCCACGGCGGCCGCGCAGACGGAAGCGUUUCUGUGAUUAUGAACAUGGAGAAGCAAUGUUAGGAGAGUUCGUGCAAUGAUCCCUGAGUCUUUGAAUAUUACUUAGCAACUGUGAAGAAAGAGUCAGCAGGGUAUGACUAGCCAGGCAUCCACAGACCACCAGCAAAUGCUGCAUAGGCGGAAUGCAAGGCUAGAUGAAGGGACUGAGUGAGAUGCACAGCUGACAGUUUCUCCCCUGUUCUAGGCUUGCCUCUGUCAUUGACCUCUUUGGCAUAUCCAUACGCAAUUUCUGGCCCCUUUGCUGUCCCAUCUAAAAUGGUUUCCUGCAUCCUACAGCUGCUCAGCAUGUCUUGGCUGCUCCAGCUCUGCACGCUCUGACCAUGAGCAGCAAUUCCUCCCUCAGCAAUGUGAAGGGCCUGAGGAACCUCACCACGCAGGAAGACGGGGCCAUCAGAGUAACAGAGUCCAUUGCUAUAAUCGUCAUUGCUAUUUUCAUCUGUUUGGGCAACCUGGUGAUUGUCGUCACUCUCUAUCGGAAGUCUUACCUUCUCACGUUGAGCAACAAGUUUGUGUUCAGCCUGACCCUCUCCAACUUUCUGCUCUCUGUGCUGGUGCUACCUUUUGUUGUCACCAGCUCCAUCAGGCGAGAAUGGAUCUUUGGAGUCGUUUGGUGCAAUUUCUCAGCCCUGCUCUACAUGCUGAUCAGCUCAGCCAGCAUGCUUACUCUUGGACUCAUUGCUAUAGACCGGUACUAUGCUGUCUUGUACCCGAUGGUUUACCCAAUGAAGAUAACAGGCAACAGAGCAGUGGUAGCUCUUGUGUACGUGUGGCUACAUUCCCUUAUUGGCUGCCUCCCUCCCCUGUUCGGCUGGUCAUCUUUGGAGUUUGACCAGUUCAAGUGGAUGUGUGUGGCGGCCUGGCAUAAAGAGGCUGGCUACACUGCCUUCUGGCAGAUCUGGUGCGCGUUGCUGCCUUUUGUGGUCAUGAUGAUCUGCUAUGGAUUCAUAUUCCGCGUGGCAAGGAUUAAGGCCCGCAAAAUCCACUGUGGUAGCGUUGUCAUUGUGGAGGAGGACUCGCAAAGGACCGGGAGGAAGAACUCCAGCACCUCCACAUCCUCUUCUGGCAGCCGAAGGAAUGCUUUCCAAGGGGUUGUCUACUCAGCCAACCAGUGCAAAGCUUUCAUAACCAUCUUGGUUGUCAUUGGUGCUUUUGUGAUUACGUGGGGGCCUUACAUGGUAGUAAUUACAUCAGAGGCACUUUGGGGAAAAAAUAGUAUUUCCCCUGCCUUGGAGACAUUAGCGACGUGGUUGUCCUUUUCCAGUGCCAUUUGCCAUCCACUCAUUUAUGGACUGUGGAACAAGACAGUGCGCAAGGAACUACUAGGCAUGUGCUUUGGGGAUCGGUAUUAUCGCGAGUCCUUUGUUCAGCGGCAUAGGACAUCGAGAUUAUUCAGCAUUUCCAAUAGGAUCACAGAUUUGGGACUAUCUCCUCAUCUCACUGCCCUCAUGGCAGGUGGGCGGCCAUUAGGAAACAGCAGCAGCACAGGAGACACAGGUUUCAGCUGCUCACAGGAUUCAGGAACAGAUGCAAUGCUUCUUGAAGAUUAUAGCUCAGAUGGCCCUCAAGCCCCACACUGCAUCUGUCCUCCUCGAAGGAGAAGUUCAGUGACGUUUGAAGAUGAAGUAGAACAAAUUAAAGGUGGGUUUAGGGAAGCUGCAAAGAAUUCUGUUCUUCAUGUAAAGGCCGAAGUCCAUAAAUCUCUGGACAGUUACGCAUCCAGUUUAGCAAGAGCUAUUGAGGCUGAUGUGAAAAUGAGUUUGUUUGGGGAAGAUGCUUUACCAGGAGAUCUGUUCCCUGUGCGGACUCUUCCAGGAAGCAGUAUGAACACACGGCGUGGUAUCAGGCCCCAUGCUAGCCAAAGACUUCAGUUGCAGAGCAUCGAUGAAGGGAGUAUUUGACAGGAGCACUGAAGUAAGAAAACAGAAUGAAACCACUAAGCAGGACCUACUACAGCUGUUACUGUUUUCACAGAACCAGGAUAUCUUGUUAGGAUGCGCUUAGUGUUUUUUCAACACUUGGAAAAACAGCUGAAUUCUGGUACUUUUAUCAGCAUUUUACAGCAGUAUUUGUUUACUGGUUGGGGUGCUAUUGACUCUUGUGCCAUGCCUUAAAUCUAUCACAUAGUGCAUAGGAAUGCAUGGUUUGGUUUCAUCGACCAGAUCAUUAGUCUGUUGAAUCUUGGGUUCAUUAUUGGCCAAAGUGGUUACAGGAAUGAAAAAGGAAAAGCAUAUACAGUGUUUAAUUCGUUAUCAUUCUGAUGGUCAGAAAAGGAUCAAUGCAAUCAGUUUAUACUUGGUAGCUGGAGUGCUCUGAUAGGAGCUUGUGCAUUGGAUAUACAUAUAGCCUUACUGUCCCAGACUCCCAAACGAUGGAGUAUGGACUUCACAAAGGGACAAAACCUGAACUUUUCAGAGAGCUUAUGCAGAUAAUGAUCCCACUUACCCUUGCUAGCUGCUACUUCUGGCUGUUCAGCCAUCAAAAUGCUAGAUCUGAAACUGGACUGUGCAUUGCUCCUGCGUUAUGACACACCAGCCUCUCUAGGUGUAAUGGGGGGAAGCAGAUCCAUGCUGCAAAUGCCACAGAGGUGGUAUUUGAGGAAAUCAUCAAUGCAGUUUUAGUUUCUCUGAGAACUCCACUUCCCUGGUUUUGCUUUUACUGAAAGGGCACUCUAUGGCUGUGGUAAUCUUCACAGCAUAUAAAUAAGGUAUUACCACUUUAAGAUUCGUCUUUUCUAGAGAGAAGGUUCUGAGGUAUUUUUCUUGGUUUAUUUUUUUUUAAUCAUAAGGGAUUGUUGUAUUUAAGCAAUAGUUACCUCAGUGUGUAUAUUUCUUGGAGUGUGAAUUCAUUAAUCUCUAAAAUAAGAACAUUUGGCACUUAUAUUGCACUUUGCAUGUUCCUAAGCACUGUACAGACGUUACCUUGUUAGGCCUGUGUGAGAGGGUUGAUCAGCCCCGCUUGCCAAAGAAGGGGAACUCAGUAACAGUCAAGCUGCAGGCAAUGAAAACAAGCUGCAAAGGUGGAAAGGUUUGUUACAAAAAGAGGGAUGAAGCAGAUCAUAGGAGAACACCCAGCUUGAGGAGUCUUCUGGUGCCUUCCCAGGCUGGCUCCUUCCGUACUUUGCGGGUGUUACAGGCCUGCCUUACUGCUUAUUUCAAAGAGAGGGAGACAUAAGUGAGGAGGAUAAUUUCUUGGGAGUGGGUGUCAGUAGCAAAUUGACUGAAGGACCAAGGAUUUGCAUUUGUUUACUCUGUGUCUGCUCCCCACUCCCUGUGCCUCCACCUUUCCCCAGAAGUGGUUUGUGUGAGUUUUUGCUCCAGAUUGUUUGGAAAUCAGGCAGGAUGUUUCUGUCUGGGCAAAAAAAUGGUUGUACACUUGUUAAAUUAUGUCCGUGUCAGAAAUAUAUUUCAGCACAAACUUAUGUCCAUCUCUGGACAAAGGAGCUUGACUUUAUGAAGUAGCCUGAAUCCCAUUACAUUCCCAUGUAAGAUUUACCUGCAUGCUUAAAAUUCAGCAUGUGGUUUGCUGUUGGCUGUUAAAGCAAGAACACUUGAGCACCAGUAAAACGGCUUCUUGCCUAACACAGGAAUGAAACGACUGGUAAUAGUGAGGUCUUCACUCACCCCUGUACUUUUUGUUUCUAGUGUGUUAGAGAAAUUGGCACCUGUGGGCACUCGUUUAAACAAACAGAAGAAAAAAAAAAACCCAAAUUAAAAAUCCCAGUAUUGCCAGGAAAUGCCCUGCACUGAGGUAGUUAUUACUAUCAUUACAGUCACAGUUGCUGGUAGUAUUUGGCACUCCUUAAGGCAUAGGCUUGCCUCAGGUGGCUUUAACUAUUCUAUCUGCGUCCUUUUUAUUUCAUAUUUCUGCUUCAAAACAAGCUGAGUAAAGUUGUUGCUGAAUGUGAAAAGGGCACAGGCGAGUAUGAGUGCAUUGUGGUGAAGUCAGCGCUAGCCACAACUGGUGUAUGUUUAGGAGGAAAAAUCCCAAGGCACACGUGACAGCACAAAAUUGUUAGUAUUGUGUAAAAAGCACGUUUUUCACACAGGUACGGGGCCAAAUUCAUCCUUGGGGCGGGUCAGCGGAGUCGCAUCAGUUUGCACCCGAGUGGAAUUUGGCUGUCAGUGUUAAUCUCACUAAUCUGUUGUCUAGUGUAAAUGCUGUUAAUAUUUUUUUUCUGAAUGCAUUGUAACCUUUCCAUAAUUCUGUUACUAAUAGCCAUUAUCUCACUUGAGUUAUCGUUAACAAAAGCAGUAAUUAAGAAAUGCACACAUAUGUAAAACCAUAUUCCCUGUCUUAAAUACAGAAGGAAAAAAAAAACCCUAUUUGCGGCUUCUAAUGGUCCAUGGUGU